CCCGCGGCUCCGACCCGCCGGAGCCCACGUCCUUCCGGGAGCGCGCGCGCCGGUGCGGGUGCGUGCGUGAGCGUGCUCGUCUCCGCUGCCGCUGCCGCUGCCGCUGCCGGUGCUGCACCCGCGCCCUCUGCCGCCGCCGCCGCCGCUCGGGGUCUCCACGCUGAGGAGUGCGUCGGCCGCUGCCCAGCAGCGCCGCGGAUCGGGGAGCGGAGCCGCGGAGCCGGCGGGAGGGCGGGCGGGCGGGCGGACGGGCAGAAUAGCCUAACAUGGCAGACCAGAGACAGCGCUCACUGUCUACCUCUGGGGAGUCAUUGUACCACGUCCUUGGGUUGGACAAGAACGCAACCUCAGAUGAUAUUAAAAAGUCCUAUCGAAAGCUUGCCUUGAAAUAUCACCCCGACAAGAACCCCGACAACCCGGAGGCCGCGGACAAGUUUAAGGAGAUCAACAACGCGCACGCCAUCCUGACGGACGCCACAAAAAGGAACAUCUACGACAAGUACGGCUCGCUGGGUCUCUACGUGGCCGAGCAGUUUGGGGAAGAGAACGUGAACACCUACUUUGUGCUGUCCAGCUGGUGGGCUAAGGCCCUGUUUGUCUUCUGCGGCCUCCUCACGUGCUGCUACUGCUGCUGCUGUCUGUGCUGCUGCUUCAACUGCUGCUGCGGGAAGUGUAAGCCCAAGGCGCCUGAGGGCGAGGAGACGGAGUUCUACGUGUCCCCCGAGGAUCUGGAGGCACAGCUGCAGUCCGACGAGAGGGAGGCCACAGACACGCCGAUCGUCAUACAGCCGGCAUCCGCCACCGAGACCACCCAGCUCACAGCCGACUCCCACCCCAGCUACCACACCGACGGGUUCAACUAAAUCCGGGAGGAGCUGUGGUCAGAGGAGGAGCCAGCGCCUGGCCACGCCAACCUUAGAAUCACGAACUGUAGUCACAGAGAUGGGAAGGCAGCCUCCUGCCUGCCCUGGCCUCGCCGGGGCCCCUCCUGCCUCCACGCCCACCCAGCGUCGACCCUUGACCCACGAAGUGCGUAGCAUGCAGUAUUUAAAGCAGUGUCGCUACGGUCUUCUGUUUUUUUUCCUUUUUUAAUAGCAUGUACGGGGUUAUGUUCCAUGUCUGUGUUGUGGACAUUCCGCGGCACGACCGCGUUAACCGCACGGUGGAGCUGCCUCAGGGCUGUCGGUCAGGUCGGUCCAGUGAGGGGUGACUUCAGCCGGUCAGGUGGGCGAGGAGAAGGGGGGCUGCCCCUUUCCUACCUGUGCUCGAGGGGCCGGAGGCAGGUGCUGCCUGGCAGAGCUGUGUUACCGUCUUGGCCUCGGGGUCUGGUCCACACUCUGUGCUCCCAGCCUUGAGGCUGCAGUAGGACUCUGAUCUCACCUGCCAGAAGAGGGGUGGCGCCGCGUCUUCCUGGCAUCACCGGCGUCACUGUCAUUCCUUGGUGUCUGUGCUGGGCACAGUUGGCUUGGGGUCUGUGGUUUCCUGGGCCUUGUGGGAGGGUUUCUCCCGUGGGAGAAUUUGGUGUGGAAAGCAUAGGAGGCCCCUUCCGAGGUUGACACCGUGUCCUCCGCACAGUGUUUCUAGCCUGGUCUUGUCAUGUGGACGCUGCGGUUCUGGUUCUCGGAGGUGUGUUCUUUGCCCGUGUUGGGGUUAUUUGUCUGUGUUCCUGCACUUUUCCCGGGCUCUGAGCUGGAUUCCCCCUCCCAUCUUGGGGUCAUUCUCCACAUUCCUUCCAGCCCACCUGUCCUUUCCGUAGCCCUUUUUGGACCUUUAGAACCACAGAUGGUAGGACCAGCCACAGUCAGAGAGUAGACUGUGCAUGUGUGAGCACCCAGCUACUGGGGAUGGGGGCUCUCCCAAGACCCCUCCUCCUGUGUUUGCCAGAGCUCCCAUCUGCCCCACUCGCCUUUGCCCCGUCAUCGAUGAUUCAGGCAGAGCCAGAUUCGUUAGGUCCCUGUAGGAAGGACUGACUGGAACAGAGGGACCCUCUGGCUCAGGAGGGUUGGGUACCUGGGAGGCCGGCAGCCAGGCCACGGAAUCCACAUGUGGACCAUUGUGGGUCCGUGGGAGGCCAGCAGCCAGACUAUGGAAUCCAUGUGUGGACCAUGGGAAGUCAGUCUCUUGUGUGUCCUAGACCUUCUGGGUGGCGCCCUGGGUAGGGGAGCAGGGGAAACGGGUCUCAUGUGCCUGUGCCUGCCUUUGGCCCCAUGCUGCAGACUCCAGUGGGCCUGGUUUCUGCAGAAUGUCCAUGGUGGCCACUGCAGAGUUGCAGAGGUCCCUGUAGAGAUAAAGCUGAGGAGGAGGCUGUGUGUGGUGGCUCUGGCUGGGACCAACCAGAUGAGCCUCCUGAAGCCCCCUUUCCCCGCCUGCCUGCUGACCCAUGACCCCAGCUCACUCAUUGCCCUCAGCGGCCACCCGAGGCUGUGCAGAUGGGUAGGUUCAGGUUGACCAGGAAGCUGCCAAGAGGGACAUGGAUGUGAGGACACAUCUGGACGUGCUUAGGAACAAGGUGCUGGUUGAGGGCCCCCAGCUGACCCCUACUGCAGAUCCGCAUGUGGACCAUGGCCGGCUGCCAGCACCAGGUCCUGGCAGCUUUGUUUGUCCCACUUUUCUUGUUUCUUCUCACUAAAAUGAUCAUGAAGACUUUUGACAAGAGGAGAGAGAUGCACUGUGAUAUUAAAUUAGAAAUAAUUUGUCAAAAUCAGAUCUCUCCUAAAAGAAUAAGAAAUUCAUUGUUUGGUGCGUCCUGAAACGUGAGGCAGCGAGACAGUGGGGUGCCUCCGUGCCGCUCGGCGCAGCAGCAAGUUCAGCCUGAGAUGCCAGCUGUACUCAGCCUUUGCGAUUUUUGUAGAUGUAGCUUAGGACGUGAGUUAUUUUUCCCCAGACUGGCCAAGAGCCAGGUUCUAAGCUUGGACCUAAGGUAGAAAGCUGCCCAUCGGGGGCCAUGGCUCAGCCCCACCAGGCCCUCUGUUGGGCCUGCACACAGCUCUGUGGCUAGAACACUCCAAGGCCCUUUGGUACCCAUCAGAGUGGGCCCCUUGCCAGGUGGCUUUUCAGUUACAGAGUCCAGUGGACCAUUUUGAACCAUGCAGCUCCCUGCAGAAGGUGGGGUAGGGUGGGAAAGAGGAGCAGGUCUGGAGGUUUGUGGAACCCAGUCCCCUGCAGAAUUUGUAAACCCUAAUAAAUCAUGGCUAUGGCCAUUCUCACGGUGGUGAUUGUGAUUAUAAGACCCCCAGGAAGCCCAGACACUUGGGGCCUGGAGUUCCUCCCCCUGCCUGACUGUUUUCGGCGCCCUGCCCUGUUGGCUUUAAGGCUUUGUCUUAAUUUAAGGAAAAAGAUCCUCCCGGGUUUUAUUUCUCUCUUUCUUGAGUGGACUGUUUCCCUAUAAUUAAAAGAGGUGGUGAGUCCUGGGGCAGCUUCCGCGCCUCCCUGUCCACAUGCUAACAGAUCAGGACGCCCCCAGCACCCCUGCCUGCUGGUGGCAGUGACGGGACCCCGACUCCUCACUCUCGGGCUGCAGACAAUGCUGUGAGCGAGUGUGGCUGUGGGCACAAAAUGUCCCUUUGGACACCGCUGCUGGGGGCUGCUAGGGGCCCUCUGGGGUCGUGCUUUGAGGCCUGUCUGGUUCACGAGGGGGUCCAGGCAGCACUGACAGCUUCCGACCUGCAGGAGGCAUAGGAGCAGCCCCGCGGGCCCUUUCACGGCAGCUGCUGCUGUGUAGAUUUGUCUCCACUCAGUGAGGUGGAAUUUUUUUGUCUUCCUUUUGGCUUUAUUUUUAAACUGCUUUAGAUAUUACUGCUCAGUGUUUGUGAACUUUCCUAGUUCUCUAUGUUCAGUUAGCGCAGCCAGCACCCAGUGGGGACCUAUUAGAAAAAGGAACUGGCAUGCACACGUGCCCAGCAGGAAAAGCUUCAUCUGCACAUCGGCUGCUGCCGUCCAGAAGAGGCCCUGGAGCCUCACACCGUUGAGGCCGCUCUCAGGCGUUCUGUUCCGGGUGAGGCUUGUGCUGCAAGGGCACCAGCGUGGAGGCUGCCACUGGAGGGUCCGGGUGCUGCGGGCAGAGUUCAGCGCUUGUCCACCCUCCCUUAGCUCUGGCUCAGUGCAUCCUACUGUGGGGACAUCUCGUGAGGGGACACGAAAUGACUGAUCUCACCCUUUCCCAGUAUUCAGAGCUGUGAACCCCUGUGGCGCAGGACUGGCCUGUGUCUGUUAUUUUGGUUGUAAAUCAUUCUCCUGUGGAAUUGGCAAAAGCUACAUUUUUACUGUCCUUACCAGCAACGGUUCGUGUCGUCACAUGCUGUGAGUGUGGGCUGUGUGUCCGUGUGUGUACAUAUGUGUAUAUGUAUAUAUCACGCAGCAGGCGUAUCAUUCAUGCUGCUGUCCCAUGGUGAAGUGACAAGUACAAUUAAAGGUGGCUCUGAAACGGCCUCUGGUUUCUUGGGAGUCGGGCAGGGACCUGCAGGAGGCUUUCCUGGCGGGUGCACAGAAGGAAGCGCUGAGCCCACUGUGUGCAGAGGGUGUGUGCCCAGGGCACUGCCACGGCCCCCACCGGCAUUGGCCUCUGCUCUGCAGGGUGGGGUGCCCAUCCUGGGGGCUGUGUGUCACGCUCACCUGACCCAGGUGUGUGUCCCAGUGUGAAAUCGAGGAGGUGACUGGAAGCCCUUCCCUCCCUUGAAGUAUGAAAGCUGAUUUUCUGAGCAGCAGAUACGGUCAGUGGCAAAGCUGCAUCUGAAGGGCAGCCUGGGAAGGGGGCCCUGUGCUGGCCCCGGGUCCGCCCCAGAGGAGUCCACACAGCACCGCCUCCAGAAGGGGCUGGGCCCGGAGUCCUGCAGGCGGCAACUUUUGGUAGAGUUUGUUUCCCUGGAAAAUGGGGAAAAUGUUUCAAGCCAGGUGAGGCGGGAAGUUAACACUGAAGUAUGUAUUGUUUUUAAAAAUCAAAUGCACACGCAUGGAAGCUGCUUGUCCAUGCACUGGUUUUGUCACUGGCGUCCUGGAAUCCGACCGUGUUGGGGUGCAGGCGCUGUCAGACUCCAGCUGAUCCUGGCUCGAGCACACACAUCUAAGGGCCAGACUGGUUCCGCAUGGUGAUCUCCGUCUUGUAUGUCUGAAUGUUGACAUAAAAUAAAGAUUACUGUUGUAAAAUAAAUGUUUUCACUGCA